GAGGUUGGGGAGAGGAAGUCUAAAUGGCCGCGGCUGAUUGGACCCAACUCCCACCGGAACUCGUAGAAUCAAUCUCCAAAAAGCUCACAAUCUUCGCCGACUAUCUCCGAUUCCGAUGCGUCUGUCACGGCUGGCAAGCCUCUAUUCCCAAAACUCCAAACCACCUUCCUCCUCAGCUCCCAUGGCUGAUGCUCCCCCAAUCCCAGCCCAACCAAUCACACCGCGCCUUCUACAACCUCUCCAACAGCAGAGUCCACUUCCUCCACCUUCCCGAAGCUUCCCACCGCAAGCGCCGCUGCGGCUCCUCCCACGGCUGGCUCGUCAUCCUCGACGAAACCCCCUCCGUCCUCCUCGUUAACCCCCUGACACGUGGCAAGCGCCACCUCCCUCCGCUCUCCGCCUUCCCUAACGUCGUUAGUUUCGAUCACUCCCAAAUUGGGCGGGAAUACGUCCUCCGGUCCCUCUCCGGCGAGCUCUACACCCGCAGCUUGAUCCAAAUGCGUGACUCGUUUGUGAAGAAGCUGGUGCUGUCUUCCAGUCCGGUGGAAGACGCCGGUUUUAUUGCGCUGACGAUUGUGAAUCAGACCGGUGACUUGGCGUUUUGUAGGGAGGGGGACGAGAAUUGGAGUUUCAUAGACGAAGCAAGAUGCUAUUCGGAGGAUGUUAUUUUUUUUAAUGGCUUGUUUUAUGCAGUUGAUAAUCAUGGCAUUGUUGCCGAGUGCGACGUGAAAGGUCCGUCCCCUGUUGUUAGGAUCAUUCAGACGCCGAGAUUGGAUGAUGCGGAUAUGAGGUAUUUGGUGAAUUCGGGGGCUGAUUUGUUGUUGGUUAGCAGGUAUUUGGAUGUUGAUCAUGAUAUUGUGAACGAUGAUGCAAAUGUGAAUUACAGAACUGUGGGAUUCGAUGUUUUUAGGAUGAAUUGGAUGGGGCCGAGGUGGGAGAAGGUUGAGAACUUGGGUGAUAGGAUGCUGUUUAUUGGGGAGAACUCUUCAUUUUCAUUGUCGGCAUCUGAUUUUCCAGGAUGUGUGGGGAACUGUAUUUAUUUUACGGAUGAUUACUCCGAGUUGAACUAUGAAAGUGGAGUUGGGGGAUAUGAUUCUGGCAUUUUCAGACUGAGGGAUGGAAUGAUUCAAGAAUUGCCCCCGUAUCCAAGGAAUUCAGAUUACCAGGUACAUUGGCCUCCCGGCUCCUUACCGCUUUGGGUUAUUCCCAAUCCAUGCUAAUACAGGAUCUUAAAUGUAAGUAAUCGCAAUUGUUCACCCUUUGUAUACUAAAUUAUGUGGAGCUGCUGUGUAGAUAGGGUAUACUGUUGAUUGAAUUCGUUAAGUUCUGGUGGUUGUAGUGUUAUGUAAUGUUUUGUUUGUAGUAUAUUCUCUGUUUCAUGUACUUGCUCAUAAACAAUCUGUAAAUGCCCACUGUUUCUUGAAAUAAAUAUCGAAUAAACCAUUGUAUUUGGGAUGUCCUAUGAAGCUGAAUAAACUGCAUGGUACUAGAUC